GCCUGGUGCACAGAAUUCUGUGGCCUGGUGUGUGUAUACUUUUUAAAAGCAUAUCAAAAGGAACGGAACGAAAUUAUAAUUUUGUAAACAUGGCUCCAUGUGUUUCAGAUUAGAUCAAGACUGCACAGUGUAAGGACCCCUAAAGAAAUUCGUAUUGAGUACCAGCAUUCAAGAUGUCGAAGCGUGGAAGAACAAAACUGCCACCUUCAAAAUCCAUGAGUCGAAAAGACAAACGCAAAGCUGAGAGAAAACUGAAGAAAGCCAGAAAGGACGCAUUUGCUCACCGUGAUUUUGGAUUAGUAAGUGAUCUUAAAACUGUGGACACAGCCUUCAAAGCGAAGAACCAAAAGGAGCGAGAGGAAAGACUCAAACUUAAAAAGAAGAAGAAAAAAGUCGUGAAGAAGGAGGAAAAGAAAGAGGUGGAGAGUUCUCGAGUUCAAGGACUCAGACUUGCUAUUCAGCGUGAUGAGAAAGAGCUGAAACAGCUGGAAAAGAAUCUCAAUUUUCGGAAGAAGAAGGGCAAAACUAGCUUGCCUUCCUCCUUUGUCAAGGAUGGACUAGACUACAUUUUGGAUGCCACCGACUCUGAUAAGAUCAAGACAUUUGAAGAUGUAGUCCCAGGAAUUGAGGGUCUCGGAGCAUCAGACACAGAGUCUCCUUCAGAGUCUGAGGAGUACAACUCUGAUGAGGAGGAUCAGUCCGAAGCAGGGCCAGGCCCUGGAUGGGAUCCUACUGCGAAGGCAGAAAAGUCCAUCCUCAAAGCGAAGAAGGAUCAAAAGAAAAAUGAGAAGUCUGUGAAGUUCAAUGUUAAUGAACCUGAUACAGAUGAAAGUGACCCUUUUGAAGACAAUUUUUCAGAUACUGAAUUUGGUGGUGGAGGAGGAGACGUUAGUGAUGAUGAAGAAGCGGAGAUGGAGGAGGAGGAGGAGGAAGAUGAAGAUUUGAGUGAUGCAGAUGAUGAUGACAUGGCCGAGGAACAUGAAGGCGAUGUGGAGGAUGUGGAAAGUGAGUCUUUAAAGAGAAAGAGGGGUGUAAAUGAAGAAGAUGAUUCUGAGCUCAAGGAGGACAUCUACGGAAGACUGCGGGAUAAGCAAGGAAACAUUGUCAUACCUGGUCACAUUGGCACAUACGUCCCACCAGCGAAGAGAGCAAUGAUGGCUGGUAGUCAGGGAAAUGAGCAACUGAGAAAGAAAUUGAAGGGUUUUCUGAACAAGGUCAGUGAAGGUGCAAUGCAAGCUAUCAGUUCACAAGUGGAGGCUCUGUACUUGGAUAACAGCCGUGCUGAUGUUAACGAGACCAUGACCUCUUUGAUCAUGGAGGCCAUCGUGACUCCAGUGAUCACCCCUGAGCGACUAGUGGCUGAGACGGCCAUGCUCAUAGCCAUUCUUCACAGCAAUGUUGGGACAGAAAUUGGUGCUUACUUCAUCCAGACAGUUGUCAAAAAAUUUGAUGAGCUUCUUCAAGAAGUAGAUUAUGGCGCUGGAAAAUUAAUGGACAAUGUGUUGCUAAUCAUUGCAAGCAUCUACAAUUUCAAGAUUAUUCACUCAAAACUGAUUUUUGGAAUUGUGGAAAAGUUCAUCGAGUCAUUUCAAGAGAGGGACAUUGAACUUUUGUUGCUGGUUUUAAAAACGGUUGGAUUCAGUCUGCGUAAAGAUGAUCCAGUGAGGUUGAAACAGGCCAUACUUGAUAUCCAGGCAAAGGCAAGGAUUAUUGAAAGCUCAGCAGAAGUGGGCAUGCAAGCACGCGUACGUUUCAUGCUGGAUGUUUUGGUGGCAGUCCGUAACAACAACAUGAGGAAAAUUCCAAGCUAUGACCCUUCUCAUAUUGAGCACUUGCGAAAAGUCGUCCGAAAUUUUCUGAAAGGUCAAGGAUUGGGAGAGGACCAACUCAGCAUUAGUUUGGAAGACCUCUUGAAAGCAGACCAAGUUGGGCGCUGGUGGAUUGUUGGCUCUGCAUGGGAGGGAAGGAAGGCAGAGGAGGAUGUUGUUAAAGAAGCCAAGUUCAAGACGGAGACAGGUUUUUCUGGAACUAUCAGCAAGCAAAUGUUGAAGUUGGCAAAGCAGCAGGGAAUGAACACUGACAUCAGAAGACACAUAUUCUGCAUCCUUGGGACCAGCGAGGACUUUGAGGAUGCAUUUGCUCGUCUCCUUCGUCUAGGUCUGAAUCGCUCACAGGAAAGAGAGAUAAUUCAUGUGUUGCUGCAUUGCUGCUUGAAUGAAAAGGAGUACAACCCAUUCUACAGCUAUCUUGCUCAAAAGUUUUGCUCUUUUGACAGGAGAUUUACGAUGACUGUGCAGUUUUCAGUGUGGGACAAAUUCAAAGAAAUUGAUCAGAUGAGCAAGCCAUCUCAAACAAAGCUGGGACAUCUCCUCUCUCAUCUUCUCCUAGGGAAAGGAUUGUCAUUGUCUAUUUUCAAGGUGGUGGAGUUUGGAAUGGAAAGCAAGAUAAUGAUCCGUCUUCUAGCUCAGGUUCUCACAGAAAUUCUGACAAGUCCAAACGAGACAACAGUUCGUGAAGCAUUUGAACGUAUUGCCCCUUUUCCCAAAUUAAAGACACUGAGACAAGGUCUCCAGGUGUUCAUGAGAAUCCAUCUCAGGAACAAAAAAACAGAAGGCAUCAGAGCUUCAAAUGUUCUGCUACUGGAGAGAAUUGAGAAGGCAGAGUCUGCCAUGUUUAGUCAUCAGUCCUCCCAUGCUUUGUUAUAAACUAUGUGCUGUUGUUAUUAAAACUUUUUGUGAACAUGACUGAAA